CCAAAAAUGCAAAGCUUUUGAUGCUGAUCUAAUGGCGGCGAUGUUCGCAGAUAAAUCCCAGGUGGUGGAGGCCUCGACGCGCACCGAUCGAUCGAGUUCACGGGAGGCGGCAGCGAUGUCCGGCGCCAAUGCGAGCUCGCCGGCGGCCGCCACGGCCAGCACGCCGCGGUCGCGGCUCCCGCGGUGGACGCGGCACGAGACGCUGGUGCUGCUCCAGGCGAAGCGCGCCAUGGAGCAGCGCGGCCGGCGGUCGCCGCAGCCGUUGAGGCUCAACUGGGCGGUGGUGUCGGCCUACUGCCGCCGCCACGGCGUGGAGCGUGGCCCCAUGCAGUGCCGCAAGCGCUGGGGCAACCUCUCCUGGGACCUCAAGAAGAUCGUCGCCUGGGAGAAGAACCUCGCCACCACCGCCGCCGACGCCGUCGUCCCCGGCGCCGGUGGUGGUGGCGCGCCGGACGCGGAGGCGCCGCCGCCGACGGCGCUCGAGUCGUUCUGGGACAUGCGCGGCGAGCAGCGGCGCGCGAGGCUGCUUCCGUCGUCGUUCGACCGGGAGGUCUACAACGCGCUCGUCGGCGGCGUCGACGCCGCCGCGCCGCCGUCCUACUUCGGCGAGGACCUCGCCGAUGCCGACGACGUGGACGCGGACGAGCCGCCGCCACCGCCGCCGCUCAUGGUCAUGCCCAUAUCAGCGAGGAAGUACGAGCCACCUGCUACGUCUUCUCAACGGGAAUGCUCUGAUGCAGCUACAGCGAGUGCGAAGAAAGUCGGGGAGGCGUCGGACAAGAACUCGACGUCGCAGCACGACGGCGGUUGCGGCGGCGGAGGCCUCAAGGACAGCGAGGCCACGUACGGCGGCGGCGGCGGAGCGGAGGAAGGCACGACGACGGCGACGGCCACCGCGGCGACGGCGAGCAUCGGGAGGCAGGUGAUCGAGGCGCUGGAGAGAGGGAACCGCAUGCUGGGCGACCAGCUGGAGGCGCAGCGGGCGAUGUGGGACAUGGAGAGGGACCAGAGGGCGGCGCUCCUCGCCGCCGUCAACAAGCUCGCCUCCGCCGUCUGCCGGAUCGCCGACAAGCUCUGAGCAGCCGCAUCAAAACCUCCUACUGGAUUACUACUACUCAGAAUGUAGUACUAAAAAUUUGAUUAAACGGAUCUGUUUCUGUGGACGACGAUGAAUUUGGUUCUUAAUGAAUCGGCCGCUCGCCGGAGUU